UUUGUUUUGUUUUCUUCUCUCAGUUCGCCAGAAGAAAAAUCGCAAAAACGUUUGAAGUUUUUAGAAAUUUGGAUCAAUUAUUUUCGUAUUUUUGUGUGUUGUGCGCUAAAAUGGCAGACUACUGGAAAUCCAAUGAUCGGAAGUAUUGCGAUUUUUGCCAAUGUUGGAUUGCGGACAACAAACCGAGCAUCCAAUUCCACGAGAGCGGUCGCCGUCACAAACAAAAUGUCCAGAAGCGCAUCACGGAUAUCAGCCGGAACAGUUACAAGGCGCAGAAGGAGCAAAGCAAGGUGGAUGCCGAAAUGCGGAAGAUGAAUGAUGCUGCCAUGAAGGCGUACAUGCAGGACAUAAGCGCAGGAGCGGAUAUCAGUUCCCGGGCUCUGGCCGAGCAACAGAAAGCGGAAGCUGCGGCAGCGGCUGCUGCCGUGGCGGAAGCCGAACCAGCGGCUGGACCCAGUGUUGGUCCGCGGGUACCAAAAAAGAAAAUCGGGCGUGAAGCAGAUCCUUUCUACAUUCCGGGCGACUUCAGUGACGAAGAGGGACCGCCACCAAGCAAAGCGACCGCAGCUGCCAUUGCGGAAGCAGCCAAAAAGAAGCGCCUGGAAGAGAUCAGUCAAAUGGGUCACGGAUCGCUUUGGGUUGAGGCGGUGACCGACGAGGGCUACACCUACUAUUGGCAUGUGAAGACCAACGAAUCCGUUUGGGAACCACCGAAGGAAGGCUUUAUGAAGAAGGAAGAAUAUGAGAAAAUUUCCAUGGUGGUCCUCAGGAAGCAAGAGGAUGCUUUGAAGCAGGAGGUUAAAUACGAGGUGGACAACGCCCAGGAGAUUGCGGCCCGGUUGAAGCGAGAGCAGAUGGCAAAAAUGUACGAACACAAUCGGCGGGUGAAGGAAGAAAUCGAAACGAUAACGGAUACGAAACGGCAGAAGCAAGAGGAGGAGGCAGCGCUCGAGGCGGCCGCCGGGCCCUAUGGAAGAUGGCAAACGGUGGAGCACAGGGAGGAACAACCGGUUGACUUGGAGCUGCCGGCGGUUCCGGAGCCACUGUAUGUUCCGAGUGCGGCACCGGAAGUGCCGGAGAAAAAGUUUAAGGAGAAAACCAUUAGCCAUAUUCCGGCGGAUGAGAAGAGUGCUCUCAACGACACAUUUUUCAAAAAGCGGAAAGUGAAUCGAAACGCCCGGCAACGACUGGAUGUGGAUUGAUGAGAGACGAAUAAACUGACGACGAUGGUACAUGUAA